UAUAUGAACGCAUCGCUGCGUCCUUUUCAUUUACCGACGUUGGUUGGACAUGAGUUUGUGGGCCCCAUUACCGCUUGGCAUUUUGAAAUUGACAUUGACAGGCUUGACAGCUGCCACUGCCACUGUCAAUAGUGUCAAUAAAAUUUUCGCGGUAUCCCCAUUCCCCAAUAUCUGUCGUUUUUCUGUCUUGUCUCUUGUGUUGUGUGUGAUUCUGCGCUAAACUUUUGUUGAGAAUAAGUUUUAAAACAGUGUUAAAAGGUGUUUUGACUGUUAGAUUCCUUAAAUUUAAAAUGGAAAGUGACUUAAGUGACGAAGAAUACGAAGAUGGGACUGUUCGCGUGGUAAAAAAACGUAAAGUAGAAAAACGUGCACAAAAAUAUAAAUUUCAAUGGGAAGCCGAUUUCCCUUGGCUAAAGAAGGAUGAAACUAACGAUUUUAAUGCAAAAUGCACAGCGUGUGGUGUUGUUAUUGUUAUCGGAACAGGUGGCGUAGGUCAGAUAAAGCAACAUGAGAAUACUAAUACACACAAAAAAAGAAUGGAAAUUAAAAAAACAUCUGGGCUCUUAAGUAAAUUCCUGACAACUCCAUCUACAUCUAACACUGCAUGUCUCAACAAUAACACUGAGAAUGUUUCAGCGGCUGAGCUUGCCUUGACAUAUCAUGCUAUAAAACAUAAUCUUUCAUACAACAGUAUGGAUUGUCUAGUGAAAUUAAAUAAAAUUAUCUACGUUGACUCAAGCACAGCCACCAGCAUACGGUUAGGCCGAACAAAAAUGGAAGCUUUAGUGACUGAGGUGUUGGGGCCAUAUUCUCUUCAGGGUGUUGUGGAUGAUUUAAAAAAUGAAGACCAGUACUUCAGCCUUCAAACAGAUGCCUCUAAUAAAAAAAAUAUUAAGCUUUUUCCACUUGUUGUGCAAUAUUUUUCUGCAAAGAAUGGUCUUCAAACUAAGUUGCUGGAUUUCUUAUGAAAAUAGUAAUGAAAGUGCAGAUGGCAUGUUUAGUUCUAUAAAGGAGUCAUUAGAAAACCUGGAUUUGACUUUUGAGAAUGUUUCUGGAUUUAGUGCUGAUAACACAAAUGCAAACUUUGGUGCUCGACAUUCUUUAUUUACUAAUAUUAGAGAGGAGGUCCCUGAUGUAUUAAAAGGCAAUUGCCAUGCACAUAUUAUUCACAACUGUGUAAAGCGUGCCAUGGAUUUCCUGUCUUAUGAUAUAGAAAACGUGAUUUUAAAAAUCUACAGUCACUUUGCUCAUUCAGCAGUUAGGAGAGAAGACUUAAAAAAAUUUGUUGAAGCUGCUGAUGGUAAUUUCCACGAACUGAAACGCCAUGUAGGAACACGCUGGCUUUCACUCUUGCCUUGUGUGGAUACAGUUCUAAAAAACUGGGCACCAAUAAGGAAUUAUUUUAUUAGUCUAGGUGAAGAUUGCCCAAUAAUAAUGCAAAAUUUAUUAUUAUUGAAUGAAGAUAAAGAUUUAAUAGAAGUGUAUUUAAAUUUCUGUAGCCAUGUAUUAAAUGUAUUUUGUAAAACUGUGAAGAGCUUAGAGGGUGAUUCUAUCACAGUAUUGGAUGUUUUUAACAUAAUGACAAAUAUAAAAAAAGAUUUACUGAAAAGAAAAGAAGAUAAAUUUUAUGGGUUUAUAACAAUGCAGAAAAUAGAAUUACUUGAGCAAUCUUCACAGGGCCUAAAAAAUAAAAUUUUAAAAAACUUUGAUCUAUUUAUAGAAAAAGCUGUAAGUUACCUAGAAAAAUGGUUCAACUUUAAACCUGAUAACUGGCUAGCUAUUAUAAGUCAUUUUGACUUAAAUUCUGCAUUAUCAUUUCAAGAGAUCUUAAAAAUUACUGAAAUGUUGAAUAUGCAAUCUAAAUUGGAUAUAGAUUGCCUUUACACAGAAGUAAACCUUCUAAAUGAUGUGAGGGAAAAGAUAUACAACAGCAGUUUUAAAGAAUCCUGCACAGCUAAAAAAUGGGAAUCAAUAUUUUCCCAGGAAACCUUAUGA